AUGCCCGGCGACGGCGACGCCUGGCAGCGGUUCGCGGCGCCGCAGCUGCCCAGGCCGGCCAGGCCGGCUGGCGGCGCCCCCGCCCCCGCCGCCGCCGCCCCCGCCCCCGCCCCGGCGUUCGCCAGGUCUGCGCUGAGGAAGGGCGGCGACCAGCCGCGGGGGGCGGCGCCGCUGCCCAGGUCCGCGAGCGCGACGACGAAGCUCCACGAACGACACGGCGACACGUACACGGUGGCCUCGGGUCGCCACACGGCGGCGACCCUGGCGCUGUACCGAGGCGUCGCCGACGACGACCCCGCACCGGCGCCGGCGGCGUGCGGCGCGGUGCAGGAAGUGACGCCCAGCCCGGAGGAGCAGUUCCAGAACGCGGCUGCGGCGGCGGCGGGGGCGGCGUACCGCAAGCGGCCCUCGCUGCUCGGCCUGUUCGGCGGCGCCGCCCCCGCCAGCGGAGGCGUGGCCGUCGCAGUCGCCUCGACCUCCUCCGCUACCACCUCCCCCGUCGGCAGUGGCCAGAAAGCGCGCAAGGGCGGCGGCGGCCGCUGGCAGCCGCUCUACACGUCGACGCCGUUUCGUCCGCCGCCGGACGCCGGGACCGGGUCGGAGGCUGCCACACCGGAAGACGACAGGCUGCGCAUGCGCACUGCCAGGUGCGCAGCGGCAGCGCCGCGCGCCGUGGCGCGUGGGCGUCACGAGCAGGAGGAGCCCUGCCCCGUGGUGCGCACGCGUCAAGAGCAGGAAGAGUCCGGCGGCGGCGCCACCACCACCAGCACCAGCUGCACCAGCGCCAGCAGCCACAACAGUAGCAGCGGCGGUGGCGCUGCCCAGCGGCCGCGCUACUUCGAGCACAGGGCGGGCUACACUUUCACCAUUCCCCCCGAGCCCACUCCGCUGACAAAGUACGAGGGCCGGCACUCCUCGGCGGACCUCGGUGACUUCAAACAGCGUCAGCGGGACUCGCAGCCAGUAUCAGCACCGGUGCUGGGAAUCGAGGACACGGAGGAGAUGGACGUGGACAACGACGACGAGGAGAACUCCGUGGACCUGUCGUCGGAGCAGCCGAGCAGCGGCGCCGCAGGAGGCGGCGGCGGCGGCGGCGGGCUGGCCAACAGGCAGGGCUCGCUGGAGCUGGACGAGUCGCUGGGCAUCCUGACACCCGACCAGAUGAAGGAGCCGUUCUCGCUGCUGGGCGACAGCGCCGCCGCCUUCCUGUGCGGCAGCGCGCCCGCGCCGUGGGCCGGCGGCGAGAACUCGGCGCUGCGCAUGGACGCGCUGUGCCGCGAGGUCGUCUACGUGGACCAGUUCUCCUUCCCCGAGUACGACUCCAUCAUGGACACGGUGGAGGAGGGCGGCCGGGCGGCCCGGCACACGCUGUCGCCCGAGGAGCUGCCGGUGGACACGCCGGUGCGCGAGCAGGCCGCGCUGCUCGACGACGACGACACCAAGACCGAGGACGCCUCCGACGCCACCACGCUGCUCACAGCGUCUUCGUCGGCGGAGCCGUCGUCGCGGUCGUCUGUGGCGGUGCCGCCCCCGCCGGCCGCCGCCCCCCAGCAGGGCCUGGCCGCCCCCGCGCCCGGCGCUGCCCACGCCGCGCACUGCUUCAUCACGUCCGUCACCUCCAUCACGAGCCUCGACACCGGCUACCAGGGGGACGGCGAGAGCAGCCGCCCCGCGAGCCGCGGCGCCGAGCUGUCGUCGCCCCCCGGACCGCCGCCCAAGGCGCAGCCGCAGGACCCCAUGACCGACUCGGACUUCUUCACGGAGAGCGACGCCGACGGCCACGAGGAGGCCAGGGCGCCGCCCCCGGCCGCCGCCCCCGCCGCCCUCGAGGAACCGCCCUCGUCCUCCUCCAGCUCCGCCGCCACCGGCUGCGGAGACCGCCGCGCACAGGUGAUCGACGGCACGCUGUACAACGAGUCGCAGCGGCUGCAGCAGCGCUGCCCCAGCUUCACGGCCUCCUCCGAGAUGGAGUCCAGCGGCGUCUUCUCCGACCUGGAGCCGCGCCGGCCGGAGGACGGCGACGCCGACGACGCCUCCGCGGCGCACGACGCGUCGCCCAGCGGCUCCACCGGCAGCGUCUCGGAGCACAGCCAGGAGAAGGAGGCGCAGAGCCCGACGGGCAGCAACGUGACGGCGAGCACGACGGUGAUCCCGGAGGAGGCGUCGCUGGAGGAGGCGGAGCGCGCGCUCACCGAGGAGAACAACCUGAAGAACCUGUCGUCGCCCGUCAUCACGGAGCUGGCCGCGCCGCAGACGCAGACGACGGCGACGACGACGCCGCCGGCGGCCGAGGCGGCGCCCCAGGACCAGCCCAAGCCGGCGGCCGGCGCCAAGCCGCGCGAGCUCAAGAAGUUCAAGAUGCCCAAGCGCAACGUCGUCUCCAAGAUCAAGGCCAUGAUCGAGGCGCCGGCGCCGCAGCCGCAGCCGCACGAGGACCAGGAGAACCAGCGGCCGGCGCACAAGGCCAAGAAGGGCGGCCGCUGGGACGCCGUCAUGAACAAGAUAGCGCAGGGCCAGGCGGAGCAGCGCGUGCUGAAGAGCCACCUGAAGGAGGUGAAGAGCAAGGUGUUCGCCGGGCUGGGCGCGCCUCCGGCGCCGGACAGCACGACGGCCCGCAGGAAGGCGGCCACGCCCACCUCGCCGGCGGUGGCCGCGCUGGAGCGCGCCGGCUCCGCCGACUCCACCACGCCCACCAGGACCAAGAGCAGGCGGCCCCGCACGCGCGCGUCGCCCAUCUCGCAGGCGCUGCCGCUGUCCGGCCACAGCUCGGUCCGCAGCUCCGUCAGUGACGUCAGCGGAGAACACGCCUCGCCGGCCACGCCCUCCUGCAAGAGCGUCUCCUCGCUACGAUCAGCGAAAAAGCGAGCAGAUACGACUCGAGCGAACAGCCCCCUCAGCGAUGGGUCCCUCAACUCGUCCGCGUCACACCAGCCGGCGCGCAGGCAGAACCAGCAGUCCGCCGCAAGAGCGCGCACGCACAGCGUCAAAGGAAGUGGCGCCUCUGGUGGACGCUCCUCAAAGCAUUUGGUGGCAACGGCGCGCGUGCUCAAAGAUUCAUCUCGCAACAAUAAGCUCGUCUCUCAACGGUCCACUGAAGAGAAGAACGGGGUGCCGGACAUGAAGACGCCCGUGGCGCGCAAGCCGGCGUCGCGGCGCUCGGCGCCGGUCACCACCCCCGCCAAGCCGCAGCCUCUCAGGGAUCACAACCGCGUGGCGGGCAGCGGCGCGCCGCUCAAGGAGCCGGCCGGCAAAUUGCAGCCGCAGCUGCAAGCCGCCCCGGCCGUGCCCACGCGCGCCCAGCUGCAGCAGCUGCGCCACAGCGCCACCGGUUUCGAGGCUUUCGCCGUGCUUGUCCAGUACCUCGUCAAUGAUACUGAAGAGAAACGGUGUCGGUAUGAGGAUGAGAUUUCGCGCCUGGAAUGUCUCCAUUCGGAGAGAGAAGCAGCCUUGCUGCAGGAUGGCUUGUCAAAGCUGCAGAAGGCAGAGGCAGAGCACAAACGCCAGCUCAGAGAAAGUGAGCAGCGUGCCAAAGACCUGCGCGAGCGCCUGGAGGCAGCUGACGCAGAGACAGCCCGUUUGCAACGGCAGGUUGAGGACCUCGUCAGUAGAGACCACGAAGCCCAGUUGCAGACGGAGCAGACGCGGUGUCGGUACGAGGGUGAGAUUUCACGGCUGGAGCGUCUCCACGCAGAGCGAGAGGCAGCAUUGCUGGAAGAUGGUGUGAUGAGGCUGCGGCAGGCAGAGGCAGAGCACAAACGCCAGCUCAGUGAAAGUGAGCAGCGUGCUGCAGAGCUGCGUGUGCGCCUGGAGGCAGCCGAUGCGGAGACAGCUCACCUGCAGCAGCAGGUUGCUGGCCUUGUCAGCGGCCUUCGCCAAGACCGUGACGCCCAGUUGCAGGUCACAGCAGGAAGAUGUCAUGAUCUGGAAGAGGAAGUGAGGUCAUUGAGGACAGUGCUGGAUUUGAGACAUGAAGAGCUAGCAGAGGUAAGAAGGCAGAAUGCUGAGCUAGCAAAAGAUGCUGGAGAGCUACCAGGAGCAUUACAAAGGAUAGCAACACUGCAGGCGCGAGUUGAGGAUCUCCAGGAGCAACUGCAGCACAAAGUUGACUUUGAAAGGCAGCUAUCUCAAGAGAACAGGAAACUGAACGAGUCAUUUCAUCAUGUUGCUGUGCAGAAACAAAGGCUUUCACAGCAUAAUGAAGAACUGCAGUGGAAACUGAAACAGAGCACUGAAGCAGUUCAUGUGAUUACACAGGCUCUGACUUCUACGCCUAUCUCACAUAACAAUCAUAAAACUAACCGAAAGCUGAUUGAUUCUUUCCAUGACUAUAGUCAAGCCUUUCCAGAAAUCAGCAAGAGCUACACUAAAUUGAGUAGGUCGCCGCUGAUGCAGCGCCGUUGUGACUUGAGCAACACACCUGUGAUGCAUCAUGAUCUCGAGCACCCUAGUCCCCCAGCAUCACCGAAAGUGAAGGCUGUUGUUGAGAAGAGUGACUCUGUGUCAUGGGUACUGGACAUGGAUGAAUCUCCUGAAGCAAAAGUGUCCCGGCUAGUGCGCCGUGCAGGCAGUUUUCGUGGCUCUUCUGGCUUAUCUCCACCAUCUACUGCCCAGUCUCAGACCCUUCCACGAAGCCGUGGUGCAUCUGGUCCUGGAAAUCGACGAUCGACAGGAACCAGUGCUGGACGAUCGAGAACAAGGGCGUGGUCAGUGUCAUCUUCGGACAACUUUGUAUCCUGCUGGGGUUCAUCAGGAACAUGUGCUACCUCUGCUCCUGUUACAAUGCAGCGUUCAGUUUCAGGAACACCAUCACCUGUAGCACAUUCUUAUGGAGAAGAUAAUUACACAGUAUCCCCUGGAAAGACACCACUGAAGCGCUGCAGCCGUGAUCCUGACGAGUGCUCUGUUAACGGUGACGAAGACGACGACGACGACAUGCGCCAGCACCAUAAUGCAAACGGAAGUGUCGCGAAGAGGUCCAACGCAGAUAGUGGUCCCUCCAGCCUCGAUGGACAGUUGUUGAGUUUGCGCACUUGUGGCAGCAGUAACAGCAGCAGUGCCAGCCCCCCUGGCAGCAAUACCUGCAGUUCCACAAGCAGCUGUUCAGAACCAGAACACAAUUACAGACACUUGAAUGGCACAAUUAUUUACCGGCAAGUGGAGACAGAGACUGCAGACAUGAGGGUUGUUCCCAUUCCUCACCUUCCUGGUAGCAGUGAUCUCUCCAUUUUGGCUGCUGCCUGUGCUGCUGCCAAACCUCUAAUGGGAGCUCCCAAGGAUGCGGCAGGAGAGGCAAUGAUCUCUGAAGAGACACUGGACAACGAGAAUGAUGGAGAUGGGGGCGAUACAUCAUCUGAUGGUGAAGAUCCCCAGUCCUGGGAGAAUGUGGGGCUGUUACCAUCAGACAAUGAGGCCUGAGGCAGAAUGUCUUGCUGGUGUACGUGCUUACUUGAAGCUGGAGUAUUUUAGAAGUUCUGAAAUACUUGAGACUUAAUACUCUGGCAUUUUAAGCCUUACAUUUGUGUGUGCGUUGGUUUAAACCUAAGACAAAACACGAUGGCAUUGAAUAUUGUAUAUCAGGUAUGUUGAGAGUAUGGUGCAUACAGCUUUCGGUUUUAUACACACGACUCAGACUCUCUUAUUGUGCUGUUUCUUAAUUUUUCUCAUUAAUAAUUUAUCAGCUUUUUUGAAAGCAUGGUGCAUACACCUCUUCAUUUUAUACAGAUGACUCAGAUUUGUUACUGGGUUCCUUAAUUUUUUCAUUGAUAAUUUGGUUAAAUCAGUACCUGAUGAAGUUAUUGUUAAUUGUAUUUAACUGGUUUUACAGUGCUGUUUUGUAUGAUGGAAGCUUCAAAAUGUGAAAUCAUCUCGUGAUAGUUGCAGUAAUGAUCUAUAGGAUGAAUGGACCACUUUUAAUUCUUGCAUUUUCUUGUGCCUUAAUAUUUUGUUUAGGGUGUUUGAGGUUCUCAUGAGAGUUCUUCCAGCAAAACCUUAGUGCUCCCACCUUCAACCUUGUAUAUAGAAUUUAUCAAUUGGAUUGAGAGAGCUUUCAGCUUGUUAAUAUGCAUAUUAAAUUAUUUGACUUGACUUGGGGGGAGGUCUUAAUUGCACUUAAGUGUGAGGACUAAUGCUAUUUCCAUUUCAUAAUAUUUUGGGGUGUGGGUGGAUCAUAAACUGCAGAACAUCAUCAAGAUUAAUCAUUGAUUUAUUGUAGAGUAAAACACCAGAUGCUAAAUACUGCAGCACUGGGAUUAAAAUUGGGACAUUCACUCAUCAGUUACUGAACAUCACUGAAUGUGAUGUCAUAUUUUAAAAGUUUCUAUCAUGCAAUACUGCAUUUUUACACAGUGCUGAACUAAUACAAGCAAAACAUGCACCGAAAUUAUCAAAGUUAUCAUUAUAAGAAUAUCCAUUUUAUGUUUCUUUUCUUCCAAGAGCAUUUUAUUUUCCACAUAUCCCUAUUGGUGUAUCUGCUUUCUUUUUAAAUGUUUUGAUCACCAUAUAUUUUAUGCAUAAACAGUACUGCUAUUCUCAGUGUUUAAUCGUUUAGGACCAAUUGGAAGAAUUAUACAUAACUUAUGAUACUAACAUGAUGAUUUACCAAGCCACUGAACUUUGAGCAAAAAAUGCUGAACUAUGUGAUGAGUAAUUGAGAAAAGGGGUAAAGUGUGACUCAAACUUGAGAACAGUUACUGUAUACUCAUCAAAUUGUCAUUACCAAAGUAACAUCAUUUCCUCUUUUUUUGAGGUAAUAUUUGUAAGAGGAUGAUCUUGUGUUGAGUUAUUACACGGCUUUCCUUUGGCUACAUACAUGUGAGCUAUUUGUAAAUUUACUACUGCUUGUAAUAAAGUUUAUCAGAGGCUGUUUGAUGACUGUUAGAUUUGUAUACGUCAUAGCUACAAAAUAUUAUGUAAGUAAGAGUGUUUAAUAGGCUUUGAGAGAUGUAAAUUAGUGCACAGUGGUGACAGUUCACACAAUACAUCUUAUCUAAUAAAUCUAAAACUUGAUGCUGUUAAAAUACUGAUAAUUUACAGAUAUGAUAAACCUAGAAUUACUACUUGUGUGGAAUACGUGCUUUGUGAACUAACUCAGCCAGAGCUAGUUCGUACAACUGAACUGUCUCCGCAUUCUGUGUUUGUAUAUGUGAUACUUGUGGAUCAACUUUUAUAAAAUUUCUGCUGUUUUAAUUUGGUAGUUUUAUAUAAGAAAACCAUAUGCUACUUACAUUUUAUUGUGAUUUUGAGUACAAUGUGUGGCUGAUGAAAUAGUAUAUUUUGUGUGAAUUUUUUUGCUGUAUUUAUGUUGUGUUUUCAAAGCACAAUUGAUAUUGCAGUUGUUUGUAUGUACAUUGGAAUUGUAUCAUGUCUUGUUACAGAAUGUCACUAUCUUGUAAGGUAAAAAUAAA